AUGUUUUGCCUCACGCAGCUCGCACGGCGUGGCAAGAGGCGAAUUGUGCCCCGCACAAUCGCGUCGCUUCCGACUCCAUCGUUGCGUGGCGGCUGGGGAAAAAUAGGCCGCAUGUCACCAGAGGACAGGCGAGAGGUACUGCAGGGCGCAUGGCGAGACGCGAAACCCGUGAGACUUCUGCCAGAUGCCUCCGACCGCGACGCGGGUGGGUUCGUGGAGGGUGUAAGUUUCCGAACAGACGAGGAGGCGGAGGCGUUUCUCGCGGAGGAGAUGGAGGCGGACCGCUCCGAGCACGACGUUCCUGCUCUACAUCUCGCACGAAAUUUUUUUGAGGAGUUGGCGGCGACCGCAGACAGUGAGGUGGAUAUGGAGAACGCGCUGGAGACCACCGUCGCGUCCGACGUGGAGCGUGCGGAGGAGGAACGCGGCAUGCACCGUCAGUUCUUCGCGGAUUUUUACGUGCAGCAGGGAAUUAUCGGUGUGGAGGAGGUGCGUGCGUUUGUGGACGUCAUGCUCUGCCCUCCAACAGCCAUGGUGAUGGUGAACGCGGGGAUGCCGUUUGUGCGUCUCAUGAUGCGGUGUCAGUUGGAGCACCACAUGCGGGUCUUGCAGGCGACGCACAACGGCGUCGUUUUUGCGCCGCAUCCCGUUCACCCGCUGCUGUACAUGGUGGACAUGGGCCCCACACAACGCCCUGGCGACGACUCGCUUUGCCUCCGAUAUGCGCAGGAUCGCCUGCGGCCGUCUCAGCAGGAGACGCAAAGGACGCUUACUGUGCAUGCUACCGGCGACGUCAAUGCACUACCGGCGUGCUCUUCCGUCAAAGCAGAGGUGGAGCCGGGGAAUCUUGAGGUGGAACUUAUGGAGGCACUCCUAAGUGAUGAAACCAGCUUACGUGUAAUUCAGACCAUUCACACAGAGAAGCAUGAAGAAAAGGAGGAGGACAAUAAUCUUGAAAAAACGUUCACAUUGAAUUCAGUUGAGGAGUCGGCGUUGACGUUGCAGCCAGGGAUUUUAAGCGCCCCACUCUCCGUUGGCCACCUGUAUUGGCUGCAGCGACAAAUGGCUUCAGAUACCCUUAUUGAUAUGGAUGUGCUCGGAGUGCUGCUUCCCUUGGUGUUUGGACGCUGCCGUAAGGAGAACAGCACAACUAUUAUUUUAGACAUGUCUUUGCGUUCCCACAAUGUGCAAAAUUACUCAUAUGGGCAAGAUAUUGCGGGGCGUUUUGGGAUUGCGCGCGACGAUGUGGUGGAAGCGGAGGGAGGAAGAGCUGCAAAAACGGUCAUCAUUUCUCUUCUUUUGCCAAAAUCAGCACAAAAGAAAACACGGCGUCACGGCAAUGCAUUGCAAAGCUUGAAGGCCACUUUGGAGGAAGUCCCUGCGAGCGAAGUUACAUUGGGCAUGGGGCAGUUGCACACUGCAGGUUACCACGUGGGGAUUGAGAAUCGUAUUACAGCACGAGGCUCUUCACGACAUCUGUGGGGCACAUUACGUGGAAAAUGUGAUGCGGUGCUUUGCUUCCCUGCCACAACGGCAGAUGGGCGCAGACCACGCACUGUAGCAGGAACAAGCGCCGAGGAAAAAACUAAAGAGGCCGUCGCCAAUCGAUUUGUCUCUGUCUGCUCGAGCGUCAUGAAGUUGUUUCCGUACCUAAGACAGGAGCUCGCGCAGGCGUUGGAGUAUGCCCGGUCACACGGGGGUGUUGUUGUGUAUGCGACGGACAGUAUGAACCCGCUUGAAAAUGAGGCUGUUAUCUGUUCUGUUCUUACGGAGUUCAAGCUGAAAUACCCGGGUCGUGAGUACCGCCCCGUUUCUCUACUGGAGCGUCUCACAGAAGAAGAUGCCGAUCUCUUGCGUUCCUGUACGACGGGAAGCCAACAGGGGCUGAGUACGUGGGUCCCACUGCAAGAUGGGCCGCAGGAGCAGGAGCCUUCGUACUGCGAUGAAGAAGUUGUGUCGAUGGUCGCUCGUCACUCAUGGCGGGCUGCGCCACUACGCACCAACGGUGACGUGUGCUUCGUUUGUGUGAUUGAGCUUCAUGAGAGUGUUUCCAGUUUGCCACCACCGCCACCACCGUCAUUGGCCAGUGAGGGUAAAAUUUCAACCCUGUCUGCCUUCCCUUGGCUAGACACUGUGAGGUUGCACGACCGCUGGGGACUGCGUAUCCACCAUAGCGAAGGGCGAAAUGCAUUUGUGGCCAUUACCCAAGCGACACUCCACACGAUUAACACCUUAAACUCGCCACGGUGUGAGCACGACUAUGAAAUCAUUGACUACGGUGUGUCCAUUCAUUCUCCUUUCAUGACGCACCUGCAAGCGCCGGAAGCCGUCAUCAGUCCUUCGCUGAGUGGGACGCUGCUGGCGCUUGCACUCUGUGACUCUACACAUGUGAAUUGUCGCUCUUCUCACGUUCUGGAACUUCCUGUUGUGGCCCUCUUGGAAUUGUUGCACACCAGGCGUAUUUCGUUACGUCGCGUGAGUGAGUUGCUGGGUGGGGUUCCAUUGGGGUGGGAUGCAUCUGCCCCGGAUGAAGGUGUGUCGACCGUGUUUUUAAAAGCAGCAGUACCGAGCGUAGGGGAAUUAGCGGGGGGUGACAUGGAGCUACAUGAAGCUGUGGCGGACGAGUUGGGGAAGCUUGUGGUAGUAGCUCUGGCACAAAAAUGCCGCAGUCCGCAGACGCGGACGAACACGACCGUUCUGACCUUGGCGUGUGCUACGACGCGCGAGCGCAGCGAGUUGGAGGAGCGUGUGGUGGCGAUUGGAGACGCAUUGCGCUACCUGCUACGCCGCCUAGGCCACCCCGCGACGGUGUGGGGACCCCUGAGUGGGCUUGGCGAAGUGGGGCCGCAAGUGCGGGAUGACGAGUAUGAGGUGGUGGCGCCGCCGCCUUCUUCCUCCUCCGCAGCUACGGAUGGUGACGCUCACUGCCUUCUUGGUCGCCGGGAGAGGGCGCGCCACGCAUGGAAAAUUCGGAAAUUGGGCAAUACGCUGCGCUUGUUGGGCGGUGCUGCUGACGACGACGACGACCCGGCAAGUAACUGGGAGAGGGAUGUGCGACGCAGACGCCAUGGGAAUCGCUCCGCUGCAACUCCGUCUUUUUUGUGCAACGUAUGA